GAUAUGAUUCUUGAUGACACAAUCAAUACGAGUGACAUGCAUAACAAGGUUCUACGUAUGGAGCAGAGAAAAGCUCGUGCACGCCUCUUAUGGAUAGCUGUAGAGCAAAAGAGAAAGCUAGAUGCCAAACUGAAACUAGAGAUGGAAAUUGAUGGGUUAAAAGAGAAACUGCAGGUCGUGAAACUUUCGGGAGAUGAAGAUGAUACCGCACUUCAAGGCCAGAUAAAAAAUAUGAAUGAUGAGCUGGAAGCAAAGAUGAAGGAAAUGGAAGUCAUAAAUCAAACUCGUGCUUAGCGUUUAUUAAGGUAUUGCUUUUUAA